UCUCGGGGUUCGGGGGCGCGGGGAGUGUUUUUUUGCAGGGAAGUCGUCUUGGCAGCAACUUUUUCCCUCUUUUUCAACGGGCGGAGGCGCGUUUGCGCCGUUGGGGAACCGUUUCGAAUCCGGCCUCCAGCGCGGACGCCGCAUGGAUCCUGAGAGGGAGAGGAGCGGGGGGCACCCCAAGAAGGGCAGGAAGAGGAGGAGGGCCCCGAACAUGCUGGUCGGGGCGGCUGAGGCGAUGAGAGCCCGUCGGGAUCUGGAGGAGAGGCAGCCCGAGGCCAAGAAAGCCCGCUUAUCUACCAUUUUAUUUGCUGAAAACUGUGAAGUAACCCAUGACCAGUUAUGUGAAUUGCUGAAGUAUGCAGUUCUGGGCAAAUCCAGUGUUCCUAAACCCAGCUGGUGCCAGCUUUUUCACCAAAACCACCUGAACAACGUGGUGGUUUUUGUACUGCAGGGAAUGAGCCAGCUACACUUUUACAGGUUCUACUUGGAGUUUGGAUUUCUCCGAAAGGCAUUCAGACAUAAAUUCCGCUUGCCACCACCAUCAUCUAAUUUUCUAGCUGAUAUCAUUGGACUGCAAAAGAAGCAAACAACAGGAGAUCUAUCCAAGAUGGUGGGAGGGUCUUUACCUUCUGCGAGUUCAAAAGUCAGCGUCAACCUGCAGAAUGACCCUGUUAUUCAAAAGUAUGGCUCUAAGAAAGUGGGCUUAACCAGGUGCCUUCUCACAAAGGAGGAAAUGAAAACAUUUCACUUUCCAUUACAAGGUUUUCCUGACUGUGAAAACUUUGUACCUACCAAAUGUAAUGGUUCUGUGACAGACAGCAGUCCUCUCUUUGGACUUGACUGUGAAAUGUGCCUCACAUCCAAGGGGAGAGAGCUAACCCGCAUCUCACUGGUUGCUGAAGGAGGCUGCUGUGUAAUGGAUGAACUUGUUAAACCUGACAACAAGAUUCUGGACUACCUCACCAGCUUUUCGGGAAUCACAAAGAAGAUUCUUAAUCCAGUGACCACCAAACUCAAAGAUGUACAGAGACAUUUAAAAGCACUGCUUCCUCCUGAUGCUGUGUUAGUGGGCCAUUCCUUAGACUUGGAUCUCAGAGCACUGAAAAUGAUACAUCCAUAUGUUAUUGAUACAUCAUUGCUUUAUGUCAGAGAGCAGGGCAGAAGAUUUAAGCUAAAGUUCUUAGCCAAAGCUGUUUUGGGGAAGGAUAUACAGUGUCCAGAUAGGCUUGGUCAUGAUGCCACAGAAGAUGCUAGAACAACCCUUGAAUUGGCCCGGUAUUUCCUUAAGUAUGGCCCAAGGAAGAUUGCAGAACUAAAUCUGGAAGCACUAGCUAGUCACCAAGAAUUGCUAGCAACAGGCCAAGAGCUGAGAAAUACAGCAGAAAUAGUUUAUCAGCCAAAUACAAGUGUUUUGGAAUGCUUGGACUUAAUGGGUCAGAAGCUCCUUUUCUUGACCCGGGAAGCAGAAACUAGUGAACUUUGUUCUGCCAGAAACUGUCAGACUAUUAAGUGCCUUUCAAAUAAAGAGGUUCUUGAGCAGGCCCGAGUGGAAAUUCCCCUAUUUCCCUUCAGCAUCGUCCAGUUCUCUUUUGAACCCUUUUCACCCAACCUCACUGAGGAAAUGAACAAGAGGAUGAGGAUCAAGUGGACAGAGAUGUCGACUGUUUAUGCUGGGCCAUUUAGCAAAAAUUGCAACCUCAGGGCUCUGAAAAGGCUGUUUAAGAGCUUUGGCCCAGUCCGGUCCAUGACUCUUGUUCUUGAAACCCAUCAGCCACAUCUCUGUAUACAAUAUGAAGUCCUGGAAGCUGCCCAGCUGGCCAUAGAAUCCUUGGAUGGCAUUCUGGUAGAAGGUGCCUGCAUCAAGGUGCAGAGGCCUGUGACAGAGCUCACCCUUGAUUCUAACACUCUUGUGAAUGAGCUAGAACAAGAUUCUGAGAACCGAGGUACAAUAUACCUGUCUGGAGUGAGCGAAACCUUCAAAGAACACUUACUUCAACAGUCCAACCUCUUCCUUGGCUUGGAAGCGGUCAUCCUGCCUAAAGAUCUUAAAAGUGGAAAGCAAAAAAGAUACUGUUUCCUGAAAUUCAAAACUUUUGGCAGUGCCCAGAGGGCCCUCGACAUUCUCAAAGGCAAGGACUGGAAGCUGAAAGGCCGGCAUGCCCUAACCCCCAGGCAUCUCCAUGCUUGGCUCAGGGGCUUGCCUCCUGAAUCAAGAAGGCCCCCAGGGGUUCGUGUCAUACCUCCCCCCUCUGAGCAGCAGGCCUUACAGGCUCUGAAGAUGGACCACCCAAAGAUAGCAGCCUGGCGCUGGGGCCGGAAGAUAGGAAAGCUCUACCACAGCCUGGGCCCAGGCACACUCUGCCUCAUCUUGCUGCCAGGAACCAAGAGCACUCAUGGAUCAUUCUCUGGCCUAGGACUGAUGGGAAUAAAAGAUGAAGAAGAAAGCACCAUGCCAAACAUGUGUUCAUGAGUCUGCCCAUCAUUUUCCAUGUGCCAUCAGCCCUCACGGGCAGUGGCAGAGAAUGUGGUCAGGCUGCAGCCUCUCUAUCCAGCACACAGCUUUUGUGGAAAUGGUGUACCACUUAAGAAGUUCAGUCCAUUUAUAUGGCAUGUAUAAAUUUUCAAUAAAUGCCUAAAAUUUGAGCAUUCACAUCUUAAGACAGGGUGAGAAGGAAA